AUAGGGGCAUUCGUCCGGGCCCCUGCGUGCGAUGCCCGGCAAGCCUGCUGCCAGCCAGCACUGUGAAGUUUGUGUUGCUAUGCGUUAUUAUGAGAUCAAAACCUUUGACAGACUGGUUUAGUUGGCUCCUCCCGCCGUCAGCUUCGCUGGUCUGUUUCUGAUUCUCGUCCUUCUUUGGACAGCUUCUUGUAAUUACUCUCGUUCAAAAACAAUGAUGCUGUCCACUAAAAGUGUAUUGGGGCUGCUCGCCCUGGGAGCGAAGAAUGUGCACGGCAAAGCCGUUCCUGUUCCCGCCUUAGGCAAUGAGAGUACCGCCACGACAGAGGCGUCGUCGACCAUCACUCAGGCACCGGCCGAAAGUCUCCCAGUUCCCAUCAACACUUGCUCGUACUGGGACAGCACUGCGUCUCAAUGGUUCUGGAACAGCCCGUCGUGCAACGUGCACGCCGGCACGGUCGACCUCGUCUUCUGGCCAACGACGGGCAACUUGACGUAUCCGUCCACCUUCUACGACUCUGUCAAUGACUACACAUUCACUUCUCCAUCGGUGUACAUGGUGGUCCACACGCUGUACGCAGAGAAUGCCUGCGGUCCGCUGGGCCCUUCGACAAGCAAGGCCAUUUUCGACUUUGACUUGACCCAGGUCUCGACGCUUGUCCCUUACUCGGACGAGACGGCGACGACCCGCCGCGCAACGAGGCAGCUCUAUCUGAGCGAUCUCGGCACCAGCUGCCAGGCCUCCUUCAACACGACGGAGCUCGCCACCCAGACCCGCCCCGUGAAGGACGAGGACACGCGCUGCAACCCCUUCCUGGUCAUUCCCAUGGACAUCAAGCGCUGGGGCUACCCGUACUGGAAGCACUGUCAGAUCUACAACAACAAGUUUGGGCUCUUUGAUCCUCCGUACGCCAUCCCCGCAGACACCGAACUGAUACCAGAGGUUACGGCAACCACCACAACGGUGCCGGCGGAGACGCUGCCUGCGGAAAGCUCGACAGUGGCUGAAUCCGCGUCCGCAAAGCCUACCGUCCAGCCGGAUCAGAGCUCUGCCACCGCGAGUGUCUCAGCUCCAGAAGAGACAGCCGCUGUUCCUCCUGUCGAGGAGGAGCCUUUGCCGUCUUCUUCUGCACCGGUCGAGACCAAAGGCACGCCUGAUGAAUCCGAUGGAGCUUCUUCCUCGGACAUUUCCGUGCCGGUUGCGACAGCAGACAACCCCGAGGAGUCCAACCCAUCAUCUCCCUCAGACGACGUGGGCCCCGAAGACAUGGAUACGGAGCACACCUCGGCCACCGUUGGGGAUCAAGAGAAUGCACAAGAGCCUGCUGUGCCUGGUACCACAGACACGGCCGUGAUUUCCGAUCCUCUGGCAGCCCCGGAUCUACCCUCUGAUGAUGCCAUCGUGUCCACCGCAGGGGUCCAGAUCGUCAGACUAGGCGCCGAGGGCAUCGAGGUGGUCGACCAGGACAGCGGGAGAACGUCCACCUACAUUGUGCCCGCCUUUGGGGCCACGCAGCAAGGAGCAAGCAUGGAGCCCGCGACGAUUGCGGUAUAUGGCGGCCAGACGCUCAUCCAAGGGAGUCCAGCAGUGACGGUGACUGGCGUCCCUGUGGUGUCGCCUGGGUUACCGGCCUCUGUGGACACGAGCGCGCCGUCGGUUGUUGCUUCGAGUCCUUCGACCGUGGAAACGCCUUCGUCAGCGGGAAGAAUCAACACCAACGCUGUUCUCACGUGCUGCAGCUGGAUGGUCAUCGUUGCGUGUGUCAUGCUGUAAUGCACCGUGAACGAAUAUCAGCGCUAAGGGUACUCGAAACUUUCGAUUCAGUAAUAUCAGAUCAUAAUUGCAAAUCCACGCUCU